GGAGGGGCGCCGAGAGCAUUCGCGAUCAGUUUUAUAUUUCGAGGUUUCUGCAGAUUUUUGACUUGGUUUGUGAGCAGAUUGGUUCGUGUUCGAUUAUGAUCUGCCUGUAACUCCUCACACCCGUUCGACCUCUGCGUACGAUUUUAGCUAUGGCGGAAGUGAUUUUGUUAGAGUCGUGCGGCGACGUCGAGGAAGUGCCGAGCUUUCCAUGUCGUGGGGCGAAUGUCGAUUGAGAUUGGAGUCCGGUGAAUUGAAAGGUGUUGUAUGUGGAGUAAGAGAUUGUGGGCGACUGCAGGCCGCCGAGCAUAGACCAAAGGGUGUCUGAGCAAUUUUUAGCUUGUUGACGUGCCACAAUAUACUUACAUUUCGUAUGGAGAGUGGGAAUGGAGAAAGAGAUCGGGGAGGAGAGCACGCCGUUUGUGAGGGGCCGGUUUCCAUUAGAGAUUGAAUGACACCAACAUUUUUGGUCUUUUUAGGUUGUUCGAAUUGUUUGCGGAUUUGCAUGCAAGAGUCCUGAUGAAGGAGGGAGGUGAAUAGCAGCGUUACCUUCUUCCGUCACUUACUAUGGCGCAUCAAACUUCCCGCCUCCACCGCCUCCUCACUCUUCUGGAUACUGGAUCUACGUCUACAACGAGACGUACAGCAGCACGGCAGAUUGGAGAGAUAGCAAAGCUUCAUCCCACAGAACUCCGCCCCUUAUUAAGACGGGUCCGUCAGUUCCUGAGAAGCAAGAGUUGGGAUACGCGAGUAGCAGCUGCUCAGGCCAUUGGUGCCAUUGCCGAGAAUGUCAGUCAUCCUACCGUGAAAGAGAUUAUUUCGAAGGCAGAGGCCGAGCUUGCAGCCCUCGGUCACCCAUUAAACUUCUCAGUUUACCUUGACUUGUGUGCUCUCGGAACAUCUCAGUCUUCAAAUUCCUUGACAUUUAGCAGCUUUGACAUCCAGCGAGUUUUGGAAUUUGGUGCCUCGCUGCUAGCUUCAGGUGGUCAGGAGUACGAUAUCAGCGUCGACAAUACCAAGACUUCCGCGGAAAGGCUUGCUCGUCAAAAGAAGAAUCUCCGUCGGAGACUCGGGCUGGAUGGCUGCGAGCAAUUCAUGGAUGUUAACGACAUGAUACGAGAUGAAGAUCUUAUGUCGCAUCGAGGAGCAUAUACUAAUGGAGAUGGGCCAUCUCAUGGAUAUUAUGGCCAAGUAGGUGCUAAGCAAGAAGUGCAGGACUUGGUAGCAAACAUGAUGCCUCUGGCCAGGUCUCUUAGUGCUAGAGAACGGAAUAUGUUGAAACGCAAGGCUAAGGUCAUAGUUAAGGAUGGCAACAGCAAGGAGUGGCAAGAGGAGGAAGAUGCCGAGGAACCAACUGCUAAGCGUACCAAGAACACCAAAGCCGUCAUCACUGAGCAGCCGCAAGCUGGAGACAAGCUCGUGAUGGAAGCAGUACUUGAUGAUGAUAGCCCAGAACCAGAGGGAGAUGGACGUUGGCCUUUUGGUCACUUCGUAGAGUUACUAAUUCAUGACAUGUUCGACACAGUAUGGGAGAUCCGACACGGUAGCAUCAUGGCAUUAAGAGAAAUCUUGAGCACACAAGCAGCAUCAGCAGCUGUUGUCACCCCCGCGCUAGACGUGGAGGAGGUACCACCGGCGUGUGAUGCCGUUGGUGAUCUUAACUUAACAAGUUCAAGUAAAGGAAGAGGAUUUGAUCUUGAUUUGAAUGCCGGGUUAGAAGAGGAAACCUUGGACUUUCAGAGCGUGAAGGAAGAAGUCCCUGAUACUCGGAAUGGGACACAUGCUAAUAAUUGGAAUGGCUGUCAAAGUACACCUGAUAUCAAGCCGAGUUGGAUUGCUUCACAGGGAGCUGAUAUCAAUAUAGAGGCCGGUACUGUUGUAGUCAAGCCAGAGUUAGACCUGAAUCAGCUGGAUUUGAACCUAGAGGUGAGGGAUGAACCUUUCAGAGAAGAACCGAAAAUGGUGAAACUUGAACCCAGAGAAAUACCGUACGCGGAGAACGUGGAACGGAGGAUAGAUACUAGUGUUAAAGUGGAGAAUUGCUCAAACGCAAUUCGGCCUUUUCUAAACAUACCAAAAGACAGUAGAGCCUCUAAGCUUUUACUUUCUGCGAGGGAAUCAUGGGCUGCAAACCUGGAGUUCCUUCAGGACUGCACAAUCCGACUUCUUUGUGUUUUCUCUCUAGACCGAUUUGGAGAUUAUGUCUCUGAUCAAGUGGUUGCGCCGGUUCGAGAAACAUGUGCCCAAGUUUUAGGGGCAGCUUUGAAACACAUGUCCAAAGAACUGGUUCACGCUACUUUUAAUAUACUUCUGCAGAUGCAGGGCCGCCACGAAUGGGAGGUUAGACAUGGAAGUCUACUUGGGAUCAAAUAUCUUGUUGCUGUGCGGCAGGAUAUGAUGCGAGAAUUGCUUCCCAGAGUUCUACCAGCAUGUAUGGUUGGACUUGAAGAUCCUGAUGACGACGUUAGGGCAGUUGCAGCCGAAGCUUUGACACCGGCAGCAGCUGCUCUUGUUACUUCAAAUAGUGAGGCAGUUUCAGCUAUUCUUCUCUCGCUUUGGGAUAUAUUGCUUGACCUGGAUGAUCUUAGCCCCUCCACUAGCAGUGUUAUGCAUUUAUUAUCAGAGCUUUAUUCACAACCAGGAGUGCUCCCUAGAACUGUUAUGGAGAAGCGGAAACUCAUAGACUUGAAUGAGAUGGUUUCAGCCGAUGAGAACGGUGGAGAUCUCAGGGAUGGUCCUCGGGACGAUCCCUUCUUACUUGCAUCUCUGGCCCCUAGAUUGUGGCCAUUUAUGAGGCACAACAUCACAUCUGUUCGUCAUGCAGCCAUAAGAACUCUGGAACGCCUCCUAGAGGCCGGAAAUCAAGGCAAUCUUGGUAUCUCUCAGAGUGGAACUUUCUGGGCUGUUCCUAUUCUUGGCGAUGCAUUACGGCUUGUUUUCCAGAAUCUGCUGCUGGAAACAGACGACUCAAUACUAUUGUGUUCUCAGCGUGUUUGGCGGCUACUUUUGCAGUGUCCACAAAAACAUUUGGCAUCUGCAGCUGGGGCAUACUUUGCAUCUUGGCUGAAAUUAUCAAGCACUGCACUGGGAUCUCCCUUGGAAACGUCGAAGAUGUUUUCUCCUAACUCUUUGCCACGAAGAAGUCGAGUGAAGGUCGUUGAGAAGCUAAGAGGUGGGAAAGGAGGGAACAUGAGUGCUGGUGAGUCCAGGUGGCAAAGCCAAAGAGAAGCCUCAUCAAGGAGCAGAAAUGUGGACAACUUUACCAAUCAAUCCUCGAAAGUAAUUGUAGGAGCCGAGGGCGAGAAGUCUGUUGUACAAAUGCGGGUCGCUACAGCUUCAGCACUAGGCAUUCUGGCUGCGAGCCUUUCGGAUUCUAUGCUGGGAACAGCUGUGAUUGCCUUGUUAGAGCUUUUAAAUUCUACCUCUGGUGUCCAGCGACAGGUGGCCUCCAUGGUUCUCGUGUCAUGGUUCAAAGAGUUUCGAACUAAUCUGGAUCAAGAGAGGGUAGGCCAAGCUGUAGCGGCUGCGCAACCACUGCGCAUGCGCUUGCUGCAAUUGCUCUCAGCGACUGAUCCAGCAUUACCAACACCGGGUUCUAAUGCUCCGUAUUCCGAGCUCUCCCGUAUAUACACCAAGAUGAGAGGAGAAGCAGGGGCUCUCAUCAAGCAUGCGGAGGCGUCAGGGUACUCCAAGAUUCUCUUUCCAGAUGGGAUACCGUCGACGGAGGGACUGAAUGCAGAUGCCGCCAUAGAACUAGCUACGCGCCCUGGAUCUCCCUUGGAUAUUAGGCCUGCAGGAGAUCCACCUUUAGAUGAUAAAAUAGUCUCCUCUUCCGACAUGUACGAAUCCACUCGACAACGACUGCUGGCGACUGCAGGUUAUCUGACUAGCUUGCAGAUUAACUUGCAUAUUAGUGUACUCGCUUCACUUGCUGGAGCUGUGGUUUGGAUGGGCGAGCUCACAAGCAAAUUGAAUCCUAUAAUCCAACCGUUAAUGCAAGCUGUGAAGCGUGAGCAGGAGGAGGUUUUGCAACGUCCGGCGGCAGAUGCACUGGCUGAGGUUAUCAGUCAAUGUGUCGGAAGGAAGCCAAGUCCAAAUGACAAGCUCAUAAAGAACUUGUCUGUGUUGACAUGUGCUGAUCCUUUAGAGACGCCUGUAGCCACUGCUGCCAAUGCAGUUUCUGAAGAUACGGACAUUGGAGUUUCAGGGAAGAUUAACACCGGAGUGAAGGUGAAACCACAGGGUGGCUCUUCGAGUGAGGAGAGGUCUAGGAUUGAGGGUGCUAUAGCCAGACGUGGUGCCGAGCUUGCUCUUAAAUCGCUUUGUGACAAGUUUAGAGGUUCUUUGUUUGAGCAGCUUUCCAAACUCUGGGACUGCCUUACUGAGUCCCUUGGGCAGGGCAUUCCAGUUAGUGUAGCAUCUUCUUUUACUUGGAAUGAAGUUGUUCUACCAGACCUCAAAGCAGAUGCACAAGCUUUGGUUAACAAUCUUCAGGUCGUGCGCUCUCUUGCACCAGUUUUGGAUAAAACGCUGCAUCCCCAGAUACUGAGUCUACUUCCAGCCAUAUUUGCUUGUGUUUGCCAUGAGCAUGCAUUGGUGCGAGUCAGUGCUGCCAAAUGCAUCACUGCCAUGGCGAAAUCAAUAACAGAUCCUGUCAUGGCUGCCGUUCUGACGAAGGCUGUUCCUAUGCUUGGAAAUACAACAUCAGUGGAGGCCCGGCAAGGAGCUGGCAUACUUGUGUCCUACCUAGUUGAAGGUCUUGGACCUGAGCUAGUCGCAUACGCGCCACACCUUAUUGUUCCAUUGCUUGGCUGUAUGAGCGAUAUUAACAGCAAUGUCAGGCAAAGUGUGACUCACAGUUUUGCUGCCCUUGUGCCCCUCCUCCCCUUAUCUCGAGGAGUGCCAUCACCGCCUGGACUUAGUGAAUGCCAAGCAUCAAAGAGUGCCGAAGAUACAAGGUUUCUUGAGCAGCUUUUGGAUAAUACGCAGGUAGAUGACUACAAGGUGGCAGUACCUAUAGCAGCGACAUUGCGCAGAUAUCAACAGGAAGGAAUCAACUGGCUUGCAUUUCUUAAGAGAUUCAAGCUUCACGGAAUACUCUGCGAUGAUAUGGGUCUGGGGAAAACUUUGCAAGCAUCAGCCAUAGUCGCUUCAGAUACAGCUGAACGUUUGGCAGCAUAUACGGCUACAAAAAGUCCAGACAUGUGUCCUCUGCCAUCUUUGAUUGUCUGUCCUUCCACAUUAGUGGGGCAUUGGGCUUUCGAGAUUGAGAAAUUUAUAUCCCCGGAUGUGCUGAAUCCAUUGCAGUACAGUGGAACACCUCAAGAUCGUACUGCUUUGCGCUCUCAAUUCCACAAACAUAAUGUUGUUGUCACCUCGUAUGAUGUGCUGCGGAAAGAUAUAGACUUUCUCGGGCAGAAGGUGUGGAACUAUUGUGUGUUGGAUGAGGGCCAUGCCAUCAAAAAUUCGAAAUCGAAGAUUACUCUGGCAGCUAAACGGAUUCAAGCCGAACACCGUCUGAUAUUGAGUGGUACCCCUAUUCAGAACAACGUGCUGGAGCUUUGGUCCCUGUUUGACUUCUUAAUGCCGGGCUUUUUGGGAAGUGAGAGACAGUUCCAAUCCAAUUAUGGAAGGCCUCUCACCGCUGCAAGAGAUGCUAAAUGCUCAGCUAAGGAAGCUGAAGCAGGAGUUUUAGCCAUGGAAGCUUUACAUAAGCAGGUUAUGCCGUUUUUACUGCGCCGGACGAAAGAUGAGGUGCUGGCUGACCUUCCCCCGAAAAUCAUACAAGACAGAUACUGCGAUUUAAGUCCCCUCCAGUUACGGCUUUAUGAGGAUUUCUCACGCUCACAAGCAAAGAAAGAAGUUUCUAGUUUAGUGCAGGCUUACGGUGGACCAGAAGUUACCGAAGCCUCGAGUGGAUCGGGUGGUGCUUCCGCACAUGUAUUCCAGGCAUUGCAGUAUUUGCGAAGGCUGUGCAGCCACCCUCUCCUGGUCGUAAACGAGAUGUCCAACGAGACUGUCGCAGCAUUCCAGGCCGAAACUGCUUCAAGCAGUGGUAAAGACUCAAAGGCAGGACUUCAUGAUCUGCAACAUGCACCAAAGUUAUUAGCUCUGAAAGAGAUUUUGGAGGAGUGCGGCAUAGGUGUUCAAGAUUCAUCUGGGGACACAGGUAUAGAGGGUGGCCAGCAUCGAGUUCUAAUCUUUGCUCAACUCAAGAGCUUUUUGGACAUAAUCGAGAAGGACCUUUUUGAAGCACACAUGAAAAGUGUUACGUAUCUACGGUUGGAUGGGUCGGUGGAAACAGAUAAAAGGUUUGGCAUUGUCAAAGCCUUCAACUCCGACCCCACAAUCGAUGUUCUCCUUCUUACGACACAUGUUGGUGGAUUGGGAUUAAAUCUGACAGCAGCAGACACCGUUGUAUUUAUGGAGCAUGAUUGGAAUCCUAUGCGAGAUCUACAGGCUAUGGAUCGGGCACAUAGGUUGGGUCAACGGCGUGUUGUUAAUGUACAUCGACUUAUUAUGCGAGGAACAUUGGAGGAGAAAGUAAUGAGUUUGCAGCGAUUUAAGCUUUCAGUGGCCAACACUAUCAUAACUGCAGAAAAUGCCAGCCUAAACUCUAUGGACACCACGCAGUUACUUGAUCUGUUCACAGUUUCUGCCAACUCUGGAAAGGCUAGUGCUUCGAAGAAGAGUGGAGAUGAAGAAGCAGAUGGAGCUGCAGCUGCCAAUGCGGCAGGCGGUGGCAGGGGUAUGAAGGCAAUGUUGAAUGGUCUUGAAGAGUUGUGGGACCAGUCUCAAUACACGGAGGAGUACAACAUGGGCCAGUUCGUUAACCGUCUCAACAGUUGAUAUUUUCGACUGAGAAUCUGCCCUUCCCGUAACCGUGGACACAGUACAUUUCUCUCACCUCAUUGUCCCUUGAGAUUUUCAGGAGCUGCCUCGAAGAUCGUAAACCUAGAGGCAUGUGAGAUGAAUUAGCCAAUUUUUUCGAGGCACUUCGUGCUCUCGGCAAUAAUGAAGGCGAGCGGAGCAAGUUUUCGGAGUAGCUCUUAGCUCGAGUAGCGUCAUCAAUGUUUUGACGAGUCUAGUUCACUGAAGCUGCGAGCGCAUGCACGCCAGUGAAUUGUCCAAUUUUGAAGCCUAGUCAUCAUCCUUCUAUAGUUGAAGGCCUCUCUUUUCUUGGAUUCCAAGUCAAGUGUUCGAAGCUUGGUUACAGUUGAAAGACUGCUGUGGGUAGCAGUUGAAGCUCGGUGAAGCCCCAAUUUUUCCAGCAAUCCAGCUGAGCUCAAUGGCGUAUCUUCUGUGGAGAUUCGAACAGGGACAUUGUUGCUGUGGUCGGCUGAUAGAACUGUUAUUGGAAUCAAUCAGCACUCAAACAACUGACGGAAGCUGCAUGACUGUAAUUAUAUCGUCUGGAUGAGACAAUCGGGGAGAUUUAAGGGUGUGCAUGUUCGUGGCAGAAGAAAUAUUUGAAGAGCUUAUCUUAUCACACUGAAGUUCGGUUUGCAACAGUUUUGGUUCUCCGGGGGUAAGUCACCAAAUCGGUGAAAGAUGCUGCUCUGGUUAGUUUCCUGGAGAGAGCUGAUGAUCUGAGGCUGAAUUCUGCCAUAGAAUCGCAUUCUCGCCUCUUCUUAUUCAUGCAUUUUUCCAAUGUGGACCUGCCUUGCAGAGUUAAUCUUAUUUUCUGAGCUGUAUUGGGCUUUUAUCAGAGGUAGAUCAAAAAUGUAGAUCUCCUUUGAUAAAGUUCCAAUACGAAACUCAAAACUCCGCCCUCCAUAAUUUAUGGUUGGUCCACUACUGUACCCUUGUAUCAUGAUUGGGAAGAGAAUAUUUUUAAGUCUCA